UCUAAAAACGACUAGCUUAUCUGCAUCUUCUCACUUUGCAAUCAGAUUCCACGCAAGUAAUAGUUGCCAAGCUUAACAGAAUUUUUUUUAUUGCAAUAUUUUUCCCUGCUUUUUUUUGGGGGUCUGUCAAGAUAACACGACGAGGCAGCUCUUCUGAUAUGGCCAAGGGGGAAGGGUGCGAACAAUACUCCAACGCCAGUUUAUUAACUAAACCUGGUAACUGCGAUGGCAUUUCUAUUGCAAGAAAGAGCGAGCAAAGGAACAGAUUGUCUAUCUGCAACAAGCUCUGCUACGCCGUCGGUGGAGCCCCCUACCAGAUGACAGGAUGUGCCUUGGGCUUCUUCUUGCAGCUCUAUCUACUGGAUGUAGCACAGCUGGAUCCAUUCUACGCCUCAAUCAUCCUGUUUGUGGGCCGAGCAUGGGAUGCCAUAACGGACCCCACGGUGGGCUUCUUGGUCUCCAGGAGUCCUUGGACGCGUUUUGGACGCAUGAUGCCCUGGAUUGCCAUCUCGACUCCCGUGGCUGUGAUCUCCUACUUCCUAAUAUGGUACGUGCCCCCCUUUGAGGACAACAAAGUCAUCUGGUACCUUUUCUUCUACUGCCUUUUCCAGAGUCUUCAAACUUGUUUCCACGUGCCGUAUUCGUCCCUCACCAUGUUCAUCAGCUCCGAGCAGAAAGAAAGAGACUCUGCUACCGCUUACAGGAUGACGGUGGAGGUUCUGGGAACUGUGCUCGGUACCGCCAUCCAAGGUCAGAUUGUGGGAAUGGCCAACGCCCCCUGCGUCCCUGGCCCGGGAGAAAUUCUGGCAAACUCAUCGAGUAACUCAUCGGUCGGUCUCAACGGAACGGAUCACGUCAUUUCUCUGGAACACACGAGAGCCGCCUACAUGAUCGCCUCCGGAGUCAUCUGCUUGAUCUACGUCCUCUGCGCCUUUGUUCUGUUCUUUGGCGUGAGAGAGCAAAAAGAGUCCAGCCGUCCCAAGUCGGCGCCCUUGUCGUUCUUCCAGGGCAUCAAGCUGGUGAUGGGAUACGGGCCCUACGCCAAACUGGUCAUGGGCUUCCUCUUCACCUCCUUAGCGUUCAUGCUCCUGGAGGGCAACUUCGCUCUGUUCUGCAGCUACACCCUCGGCUUCCGAAACGACUUCCAGAAUAUUCUCUUGGCGAUCAUGCUUUCGGCCACGCUCACCAUCCCCUUCUGGCAGUGGUUCCUCACCAAAUUUGGGAAGAAGACGGCAGUCUACGUCGGCACCUUGUCUGCGGUUCCCUUCAUGAUCUUGGUGGUGCUCAUUAAGAGCAACCUGAUCGUCACCUACAUUGUCUCCUUCGCCGCCGGGGUCAGCGUGGCGGCAGCCUUCCUGUUGCCUUGGUCCAUGUUGCCCGACGUGGUGGAUGACUUCCAAGUGCAGAACCCGAAAGCCAACGGCCACGAGGCGCUUUUCUACUCCUUUUACGUCUUCUUCACCAAGUUCGCCUCUGGAAUCUCCCUGGGCAUCUCCACUCUCAGUUUAGAUUUUGCCGGGUACAUCUCUCGAGGUUGCAACCAACCGGCGGAAGUGGACAUCACGCUGAAGGUCCUGGUCUCAGCCGCCCCCAUACUCCUCAUCAUAAUCGGCCUGAUCAUCCUCUACACGUAUCCCAUUGACGAGGAGAGGAGGCAAUGCAACCGCAAACGUCUCCAGGAGCAAAGGGACUCGACAGAUUCCGAAACGGACUCGACAGAAUUUUCCAACAUGAUCUAGCACGUUUUCUACCCACAGCCCAAGCGAGACAAGCGGCUGGCAUUUUGCACUAUUUUACAGACACCGCCUUGUCCAGGCAACACUCUUGCUGCUGCUGCUAUUUCCUUUCCAAAACGCGCCACCCCACGCUGUUAUUUAGUCUCUUUUUGUAACUUUCCUUCUUUUUGUGACUUUAUGAAAGUGCACAAAAAGCCCGCCGGCAUCCAUCUUUCUUCUUUGCUUAAUCCAGCAAUUUUGAGCUCUGCACUAGCAACCUGUAACUUGAACACGCAGCGUCUGUGCCUUAGCUCAGUUCAGUAGCAAAAAACAACAACAACACAAACACUAAUUGAAGGUGGGCUAUUGAUUUUUCAUUUGUCCUGACAGCCUGAUUGUUCCCAUCUCAAUCCAAAGGCAAAGCGUUAACAUCUUUCAAGGGCUCGUUUGAUUUGUUUCAUAAAACCACUACAAUAAAUUUGCUACUACUAUGGCUAGAAUAGCUACUGAGGAAAAGGAAGAGAUGACUGAAUACUGAGCAAAAAGCGAUAACAGCCAGUAAGUGAAUAUGUGAUUGCGUAAUAUAAGUAUUUAUUAGUUUCUGAUGAUACAGUUUGGACAAAAGACGCGUGUCAGUAUUUAAAAUCUAUUUAAGGGCGCAUUGAAGAAAGGGUGCUCGUAAUUGUUGAUGAUGGGAAUGUUGAGUGAGUUUUGGUUCAUAUGUCUGUCUUGUAUGACAAACUACUGUUUUGUGAUCUUUGUUCAUAUCCAUUGAUAUGGAAACAUGUACAUACAGCAUCCUAUGUUAUACAUACAUUGACCGCAUGUUCCCAUUUGGGGUACCAAUGUGAAGUUUUUUGCAUUUUUGUCGACUUUAAAAAAGAAAAGAGAGAAAUUGUAAUCCUUACAUCAUUUGUAGCGGGGGCUAUACGUGAUGCAAUUUUGUCUCUAGUAACGGUUAUUUUUGUACAUCAUAUUAAUGUCAUGUUUUUUGGAGAAGGUUGUGGAACUGCAACUAUUUUUUUCCUUCCCCUCCCUCAUGAGGCUGUGAACCAAAUGUGUGAGCUUUAAUUCCCCAGAGACGUAUACGUAUAGAUUACACGCACACAAGCCUUGUGUACAUGACACUGUGCAUAUGUAUAUAGUUGUAAAUAUACCUUUGAUAUUUGUGGCUGCCAGUGUUUUGAUGUACUUUAGUUUAUUUAAGAAAAAAGAUUGAAAACAAUAAAUAUUGGAACAAUGAA